CUUGUUUGGUACACAGCGGGAGUCGGCGUGACCAGGUUAUCCCGAUCAAGAAAACAUGCUGGGCAGACUGUCUAAAUAUCUACGGCGGUGUAUUUCAACAUCUCCUUGCAAAUGUGGCCUUCAAGAUGGUCCAUUCAGUGUCCACCCAGCGGUAUCUCAGGCAGUGGCGGAGGGUCGACCGGUGGUGGCGCUAGAGAGCACCAUCAUCACGCAUGGCAUGCCAUACCCACACAACCUGAGCACAGCUAAAGAGGUGGAGGCUAUUGUGAGGGAGCAGGGUGCUCUCCCUGCCACGGUAGGGGUGCUGGAGGGGAGGGUGCACGUGGGCCUCUCCUCAGAGGAGCUGGACUUCCUUGCCCAGAGCAAGACCUCCCUCAAGGUGUCCCGCAGAGACCUGCCUUAUGUCAUCAGCAAGGGUUUGUCUGGAGGGACGACAGUGUCUGGUACUAUGAUUGCAGCCCAUAAAGCUGGCAUUCCUGUGUUUGUAACUGGCGGGAUCGGAGGGGUGCACAGAGAUGGAGAAAACACUUUAGAUAUAAGUGCUGAUCUCACAGAGCUUGGUCGGACACCGAUCGCUGUGAUCUCCGCAGGGGUGAAGUCCAUCUUGGACAUUGGUCGUACCCUGGAGUUUUUGGAAACACAGGGAGUUUGUGUGGCCACAUAUGGAGACUCCAAAAACUUUCCAGCAUUCUUCACUUCUCAGAGUGGCUACUCCUCUCCCUACCAUGUGGCCAAUCCACAGGAGGCUGCUGAACUCAUAGCGGGCACCCUCUCCCUCGGCCUGCAGAGUGGGCUGCUGUUGGCAGUGCCUAUCCCUCAGGAGCACUCUGCCACGGGAGGAGAAAUAGAGGACGCCAUCCAGAGAGCUCUAGCCGAGGCCAGCUCAAAAGGUAUUAAAGGACGAGACGUGACACCUUUUAUUUUACAGACGGUAAAUGAACUCACCAAAGGAAAAUCCCUUCAAGCUAACAUAGCUCUGAUUCAUAAUAACGCCAAGGUGGGCAGCCAGAUUGCCUCUGCACUGUCGGAGCGCAAGCAGAGGAAGACUCGCCUCCAGAGAAGAAAUGACAAGAAGGAGAAGGGUCAUGACCCCAAUGUCGUGGUUGUUGGCGGAAUCAAUGUAGACUUCCUUGCAAAAGGCAAAACAAAAACGUUACUGUUUGGACAGACAAAUCCAGGAAGUGUGUGCCAGUCAUUUGGAGGAGUGGGUAGAAAUAUUGCUGAUUGUUUGAGUCGUCUGGGCCAGCAGAGCCUCUUCAUCUCUGCAGUGGGAGCAGACUCCCAUGGUGAUGCGGUGUUCAACUACUGCAAACACAUGAACACCAGUGGAGUAGCCAAGAUGAGGGACCAGCGGACAGCCACGUACUGUGCUGUUAUCACUGAGACUGGGGACCUCAGCCUGGGACUGGGUGACAUGGACAUCCACCAGCAAAUCAAGGAACAGUAUGUGUCCCAUUUUGAGGAGCAGCUGUCUUUCGCCUCCCUGGUGUGUGUUGAUGGAAACAUCCCCGCAUCCACCAUCAAAUAUGUCUGCUCUGUGGCCAAGAAGCACUCAGUACCAGUGUGGUUUGAGCCCACAGACGCAGAUAAAGCGAGCAAGCCUUUCCUGUGCGACAGCUGGAAGGCGCUGACCUACACCUCCCCAAACCUUGCUGAGCUCUGCACCAUGAACCACACUCUCGGCCUGCCUACACCCCCAGUGCUGCCUGAGAGUCUGGAGGAGGCGUUGAGCUGUGCGGCGUCCCUCUCACGCCCCCUGCUGGAGCACCUGCAGUGUGUGGUGGUGACGCUCGGCCCCAUGGGAGUGCUGCUGUGUGGGGAGCACGAGGCCGGGGCCGUCAACCUGCAGCCCCGCAAACACAGACGGAAGGGGCGUCUGUGUGCCUUUUACUACCCUGCUCUGACCAUUCCUGCGGAGGAUAUUGUCAAUGUCUCUGGAGCUGGUGACAGCCUCGCCGGAGGGAUAAUGGCGGGCAUCCUCCAGGGUUGGGACACGCACACCUGCGUCCACACGGGUCUGCUGGCGGCCCGCCUGUCCCUGUCCUCGCCUCACCCCAUCGUCCCCACCCUGACCCCGGACGCCGUGCACCCCCUCCGGGCCCACACCCAGCCCUGGCCCCAGCCCACGUGCCUGUGGAUGGAAGCCUGAUGGAGACGCACAGUACAGCUCCUUAUAGCAUCGUUAGUUACCACGCCAUGUAAAGUACACUGCACAGCUCUGUAUAUGUAGCGUCAUGUAACAUAGAAGUGUGAUGCACAGUGCCCCUCGCACCAUCUUCACCUUAUAAUGACAGCAUCACAUUUCUGUAAUUCAGUCAGGACUUGGUUUACAUAUUUACAUCGGUGCUGACAAGAGAAACAAGCAUUAGUUGACCCAUCUAUUAUAGCAAUAUAUAAAUAUGUACACUAUGACAAAAAUUAGCUGCUUAAAUGUUUACUGCUAAACUCUGGAAUGUGAACUCUUUGGAUGGUUUUUAGCAGUGAUCUUUAUAUUGCUUCUCGUUUGGAGACAUCAACAGGAUUGGUUUCAUUCUAGCAUUUCUCACGCAGUGUUACCGAGAGCAAUGGAUUCAUCUCUACAAGAACAUGUAUUAUUAUAAUACAAUACACUGGGGAAGCUUCCAAAGUGACACCAAUGUUUAUUUAAUGGAUAGCUGAUUGGUAUCAUACAAAUGUUAAAUACAUGGGCAACUAAACCUUUAACAUGCCAAAAAUGGGUGGCAGUUAAAGUGCUUUUGUGGCUUUUUUUAUCUUAAUGUGAGUACAUUUCACACCAUAUUACAUUUUAUUAUGUUCUUUUUCUGCCAUAGUAUAAAAAAGAAACACUACGUUCAUCUGUUUUAAAUAAUUCUAGGCAGUGGCUUCAUGUCUCUAAUUAAAUAUUAGGGUAUUCUUAAUUAUUAGAAAUAUAUUUCAUAGCAAUGUUAAAUGGACACAAGCAACAUAUUCUAACCACUGAAUUAAAUUGAAUACAUGAGCAUUUUAA